AUGAAGGGUUUCUCGUAUGCAUUCGCGGUCCUCUCCGCGGCCUCUUUCGCUGCUGGACACAUGGAGAUGGUGUAUCCCCCACCUCUGCAAUCGCGUCACAACAAAUUCUCUACCGACAUAAAUUACGACAUAAAGAGUCCCAUGAAGUCGGACGGCAGCAACUUCCCCUGCGGCGGCGCCCUGAAGGUUCUCAAUUCUCCUCAGGGCAAGCCCGUUGAUGAAUGGAAUGCUGGCGAGGAGUACUCUUUCAAAAUCGCCGGACAGGCAUACCACUCGGGAGGAAGUUGCCAGGCCAGUCUCUCAUACGACAACGGCACCACUUACAAGGUGAUUAAAUCCUAUGAGGGCAACUGCCCCCUCUCCAAUGGCGAGACCAGUUACAAGUUUGAAGUACCCUCGGACGCCCGCGACGGCGACUGCAUAUUCUCCUGGAGUUGGUUCAACAAGGUGGGAAACCGCGAGAUGUACCAGAACUGUGCCGUCGUCACCAUCAAGGCCGCUCAGGGCCGCAAGAAGCGUGGCACUGCCGUGUCCAUGAGCCAGCGUCCCGACAUGUUCGUCGCCAACGUUGGCAACGGCUGCUCGACUACCGGGGGAACCGACGUUGAAUUUCCCCAACCCGGCCCAGACGUUGACAGAGCCCAGGGCGCCAAGCUUCAAGGACCCUCUGGAGAAAAAUGCCAGAAGCCGGCUCCUGGCGGUGACAAGCCGACUGCGCCAUCACCCAGCGCCUCAUCUACGCCUGCUCCUACCAGUGUCAAGCCGACUAUCUCAUCUCCCAGCACGCCUGCUCCUACCAGUGACAAGCCGACUAUCCCAUCUCCCAGCACCCCGUCUAAGCCGGUUCCUGGUGGUGACAAGCCGACUUCUACUCCCUCCGAGCCCUCGCCUCCGUCCUGCACUGGCGGCAAGUUCCCCGACGAACAAAACAAGCCAGCUCAGCCUCCAUCCGGCAAUAACACCACGAGCGGCGUCACGAAGCCGACAAUGUCCCCGGCUCAUCCAUCUGGCGACGAGACCACUUCUGUGUCGGCCCCUCCCGUCCAGCCUGAGCCUACUUCUGUUCCCACUCCCGGCGGCGACAACGACGUCUGCACCCCAGGUGCCUUUGCCUGCGCUCCUAACAACUCGGGUUGGAGAGUCUGCGAUGGAAUACAGGGCUGGGUGCGACAUUUUGCCCUCAACCGACAGAUGGAGCCGCUCAACCAGCUCAAGCGUCGGUCGACCGACCUCUUCAAGCAAGCACAGCAGAACAUGGCGUCGCUCCCCAAGGGCAUCAACAUGGACAUGGCCGCCGUGCCCGGGCUGCCGCACCUGCAAAAGAAGCUGCCGUCCCUGUCGCAGCUCAGCUUCAAGAAUGGCGACGCCGCCGCGCAGGGAACGUGGCAGCGGAUCGACAUUCCAGCCCUGCCGCGGUCCUCGCACUCGGUCAAUGUCGUUUCCGGGAGCGCCUACAUCUUUGGCGGCGAGAUGGAGCCGCGACAACCAGUCGACAACGACAUGCACAUCAUUCGACUGCCGUCCAGCAGCGCCGGGGCCGACUACCACCGGGUCGAGGCCAGGGCGGCCGCGCCGGAGCAGACGACGACGAAUCUAGACGAGGCGGCCCUGGAAGAAGGAGGCGAAGAAGGGGAAGGGCCCGAGGGCAAGGGCAAGGAGACGGCGACGGACGCCAGGCCCGGGCUCGGCGGCUGGGCGCUGGGCGACACCUCCAGGACGGGCAUCCCGCAGGACCCCGUGGUGGGCUACGUGGCCGAGCAGGCCGUGGACCACGAGUCGGACGGCUACGGCACCCUCUUCGUGCACGCGGGCUGCCUCGCCGGCGGCGACCGCACGAGCGACCUCUGGGCCUUUGACGUGCGCUCGCGGACAUGGACCGAGCUGCCCGCCGCCCCGGGCCCGUCCCGCGGCGGCGCGGCCAUCUGCAUCUCCAAGAGCCGCCUCUUCCGCUUCGGCGGCCACGACGGCGAGUCCGAGGUCGGCGGCCGGCUCGACUUCCUGCACCUCGAGGUGGAAACCUUUGACGACGGCGCCUCCCGGGGCGAGGCCCUCACCGCCGGCGGCGGCAAGGAGCAUCUCGUGCUGGCCAUGGGCGAGCGCGCCCCCGGCGCCUUCUUGGACGACGUGUGGACCUUUGAGGUGCCCCCGCUGGGCAUGACCGCCGCCAGCUUCCGGGCCGCCUUCCUCCAGGCCGUGGGGAGGAGGACGGGCGAGGGGCGGUGGGAAAAGGUCAGCAUGGCCGAGUACGACGACGAGAGCGGCGACGGGGUGCCCGCCGCGAGGGGAUGGAUCGCGAGCGCGCCCCUGGCCGAUCUGGAGGAGAGGGGCAUCAUGAUUUGGGGCGGUUUGGGCGCCGAUAAUAAGACGAUGGGCGAUGGUUGGAUCCUCCGCCUUGGUAAGCGUGAUUGA